AUGGCACCGAUUGACUUGUUUGAAGAUGUCGAAAAAGACUUGGAAGAUCAGUCUGAUGGAAGGCUGCGAUCUGCUCGGAAUAAUCAAGCGGAUUCCUUUCACUAUAACGAAGCAUACGCUCAAAAAUUCGAACGUCAAAAACGGGGCGAGGAAUUAAUGAAACUGAAAGAUAAAUACGGCUCGGAUUAUGAGGCUUCGGAGAGUGAGGAAGACUUCUCGUCUGAAGAUUCAGAUGCAGAAUUCAUCACACCAGAGGUCGAUGUGGCUAUCUUAAAAACACUUGCUCGGAUCAAGAAAGAAGAUCCCAAGCUAUACCAGUCCAAGGGAAAUGUCUUUGAAGAGGAAGAGGCUCAGAACGCGGCCGUCCGAGCUCAACAGCUGAAACGUGGCAAAGCUGAAUCGACCAGUCGAAAAAAACCGAUGAACUUGAGAGAUUACCAUCGCAAAGCACUUCUCGCUAAUCAAGGACGGGAGUUCGAUGAAGAUGAGACAUUACCUGCAAAUUACGAACCCACACCCGCAGAAGAAGCCGAAGCACUAAGGGAUGAAACUAAGCGAGCUUUUCACGCCUUGGUUAAUGAUGAAGAAGACAAGGAUAACGAAUCUGAAAAGAGUUCAGAUGGUAUACAGAACUUGCUUGUGCUCAGAGACAAAGAGCUUGGCGAAAUCGAAGAAGAAGAUGAAGAAUAUCAACGAUUUUUGAUCGACCAGGUCGGUAGUGAUAACAUUCAAACGGCUCUCCAAUUGAACUUCGUGAACCGCACCGAUCCUUCCGGAGAAACUGAAGAAAAAUGUCAAACACAACAAGAUGAUGAUGAAUUCUUGCGAGCCUACGUCCUCGGUCGUGGAUGGAUCGAUAAGGAAGCGAAGAAAAUCCCGAAAUAUAAAGAGCUAGUCGAGCCUGGUGGCAGGCCUAGACAAACAAAGUCUAAUACAUCCGGAAGUAAUGCUACCGUCUUAGGGAAAACUGAGAUCUGUGAUGAAUAUGACGAAGAAGAUGAAGAGUUUGUCGAAAAGGCGGAAGAGUUUGAGACUAAUUACAACUUUCGAUUUGAAGAUCCCAAUCCUACAGUCACUACCCAUGCUAGAGAUACAGGUCCUUCAGCUAGACGCAAAGAUGAUAGUCGAAAACUUGGUCGAGAAGCAGUGAAAUCUAGGAAAGAUGAAGAAAAGCGGCAGCGUAUGGAAGAACUUGAACGAAUGAAAGCACUCAAAAAAGAUGAGGUGAUGAAGAAACUUGAGAUUAUCCGCAAAAAUGCUGGCGCUGAAGACUGUAAUCUCGACGGCAUAGAUUUGGACAGUGACUUCGAUCCUGAAAGUCAUGAUCGCCGAAUGCAAAAUGUGUUUGAUAAUGAUUUUUACGGCAAAACUGAUCCGGACGGUAAACCAGUCUGGGAAGACGAUAUCGAAAUCGACGACAUCCUUCCAGCUAAAGCCCCCCAGCAGCAACAAAUCAAUUUUGAACCCGGUGGCGAUGCUUACGAUCCCUUGGACCCUGGCGGCAAAAAGCUAUCGAAAAAGAUGAAACGCUUGGCAAAAGCCGAGAAGAAGCGCGCCCUUGUCCAAAAAGAAGACCCCCAGAACGAAGAGGAAGAAGUCGACCAUAUUGAGGAAGUUGAUGACCUGGAAGGACUCUCUCCCGAGGAGCGCAAGAAAAAGCUAUUGGAAGCAUUGGAUGAGUAUCACAAGUUAGACUGUGAAGACAUGAUUGGAGACCUGCCGACGAGGUUCCAUUACACAAAGACAGAGGCGACGGAUUGGAUGACCCCAGAACAAAUCCUUCUGGCGACAGAUGCCGAACUGAACCAAGUGAUUGGAUUAAAAAAAUUAGCACCCUAUCGAUCAGCUACCAACGAUCGUAAGCUCGCUACGAGGAAAAAGAAACUUAAAGAGUUGCGCAAGAAGCUUAAAACGAGGACGUGGGGUGAAGCCCUUGGUAGCAAUCCUAAUCAACAACACCAACAAGCUUCUACUUCGCAGUCUGCUACUCAGGAUCAAAACGAAACCCCUCAGCAGCCCCCUACUAAGAAACGUAAGGGUAAAAAAGAGAGACAGAAGCUCAAAGCAGAACAAGUAUCUUCAAACCAAGUCGACGAUUCAUAG